AAAACAGCAUCAAUAGCAGUGAUCUGGAUUCCACGCUAAUGUCAUCUGCAGUGAAAGUUCCGUCAAAUGUUAUACCCAUCGACGUGAGUGGUCAACCAUUUAGCAGGAUGGCCAGCUUUCGAAGAUCACUUAUUCAUGCUACAGACCUAAACCUUCAAAUUUUUAUAGUCUUUAAAGCAUAUUAUUCCUUUUAAUGUCGUCAAAAGCCUACAAGAUGAAAAAGGAGAACAAUGAUGUCUUCUUUGUUAAUGUUGUUGAUAUCGAAUUUCUCUUGCAAAUGAAACUGCGGUUGAAUGAGGUCAGAUUUUUCACUGGUUGCAGAAGAACGCAAGCACUUAAGAAUACUCAAAUUUUUAUGUCGGUGAUGCAAAUAUAGUUGUUUUGUUUCUUUCAACGACUGAAUACUUUCGGCAUCAGAUCAAGCCAUGUAGCCCAGUGAGUUCAGUUUUCUGUGACUUUAUGACUGUCUGAUUUUAUAACUUAUCGAAAAUUCUGCAGCAGCUGCAGUAAAAAUUACCAAUAAAGUAUUUGGUGGAAGAGCAACUUGUGAGAAAUCCACCCUUCGUUCGUCUGCAAAAUUUUGCUCAGAAGAUUCGAGGCUACAAAAGAAACGCUUGGUCAUCGUCUUUCCUUUAUUGAUCUGAAUGAACUUAUGGAUUUAAUCGCAUCACAUCCACAACAACCAGUACAAGAGAUCUCUCAGAUAAUAAAUGUACACUUUUGAACCGUUUCAAGGCACUUGGCAAAAACAGGAAAAUUAAAGAAACAUAAUAAAUGGGUGCCUUACGAAAUCCCUGAAGAAAACAACACACGGCGUUUGGAAGUGUGCUCUUCUAUCAUAAGAACGGCAGAGAAAAGUUUCCUGCAAGAAUUAUGACUGUGGAUAUUCUACGACAAUCGUGUACACAUUCGUCGCAGUGACUGGGAGAGAAAGAUGCAACAGGAAGGGCUCCAAAGAUUUUUUUGCAUCAAAAGGUUUUGUUUAUUUUAUUGUGAACUUCUGCUGAUGUUAUUCAAUAUCCAUUCCUUCCAUGAAGGGAAAUGAUAAAAGCAUCUCAGUAUCGCAUAUAUAUGUGACAAAUGCAUAACAAACCGUGAUGGAAGCAACCAGCAUUUGUGACUAUACGUGGAGUCGUAUUGUUUAAAGAUAAAGCUUGACCACAUACAGCAGUGUCAAGCAAAUCAACAACUUAAGAUACAAAAUUCUGCACCAUGUUCUAUACUCUCCUUACCCAGCAGAUUAUGUUUUUUUUUCCGGGGACUUAGGCACAUUUUUUCCAAGAAAUGCUUUGCCAAAAAUGCAUCGAUCCUAUCGCACAGUCGAGAACUUGCCACUUCCUGAGACACUGGUUUUUACAAACAUGGUAUAAAUGACUUUGCCACACAUCGGCAACAAUGCAUUGAUGCUGCUGGAGAAUGUUUUAAGGAAUCAGGUAGAUUUCUUGAUAAAAAGAAAGAAGAAGAAAGAUAAAAGAAGAAAUACAGUAACAGAAGGUGAUACGAAAGAAAUUAAAGAAGUUCUUCACAAUAUCAUAAAUGAUGAAAAACAUCAUUCAGGGCGGAAUAAUACGAUAAAAUCGUUUCAAACAAUAUCAGAUAAGAAUGAAAUUGACUGCAGUCCAGAAAUACAAAAUGAAAAUGAUUCAGUUAAGAAAAAUGGACAUGAUGAGAAAAAUAAUAAUUCGUCAGAUAGUAAUUGUUUUGAAGAUUCGAAUUACCUUAAUACAGUUAAGAUGUGCAAUGGAUCUCAUCAACAGAGCAAAACAACCUGUGAUAAAAAUGGAGGGAUAAAAUUAGAUCUGAAUAAAAACUCUGACUGUGCACCUAAAGUGUCUUUUUCAAAUAAGAAGAAAUCAAAGAGCAAUAUUCCAAUUUCUACAGUAUCUGCUGCUAUGAGCGUUGCUGUAGAAAUGAGGCAACAUGAUGAUAACAGAUCGGAAGACCAAUCGUCGAGUGGCAACUGGAGCUGCAGCAGUGAUCAUAAUUCCUCAGAUUCUGAACACAAGUCCAGAAGUAGAGAAAACAGUGAAUUCGUAUCUUCUGCACAUGCAAAUACAUUACUGACUGAACACUACAUAGAUUACAAGAACAGGUUGAAAAGCAAGAGAUCUGUUUCUUCUUACCUGGAAAGAAAGACAUCAGUUAAAGAAAAUAAAUCAGUUGAAGAAACUACAUCAAGUUGUGACUCCUCUGAGGUCGAUACCAGGCCACUUCGUGAUGAUAUUAGUUCCAAUGCACCAUCUACAGAAUCUGAUGCUUUUUACAUCAGUAGCGAUGAAAGUGACGAAGAGUUGUCAGAUACCAUAUUUUCUCAAAAAACUUACUGGUCUUCGACAUCUCUAAGUACACUAAGUGACGGUAGUUUAAACAGUCUUCUUUCUCAGACUGGAACGGAACUUACUUCUAGUUCUGGCACAUUAACUAGUAUAGGAUUAGAACGAUUACCUACUCCACCGCCGCCUCCUCCAUCUGUCACGGCGGCAACAACAAGAAAGGAAGUCUUAAUAGAAGUUGUUCCAAAAUCUACGACCUCAGAUGAAAGCAUUGUUACAAAAAAUGAUAAAAAUCAUUCUAAUCAAAAUAUAUCUCCGAAAUCAACAAGAAAAUCUAAAUCCAUGCACAAAAUGCCAAAGUCUAAAGCAGAAAAAUUGGAUCAGCAAAAGCACUCAGUGCAAAGUUCCAAGAAUAUAUUUACUAGUCUAGUAAACAUGAAAUCACCAGUAAAAGAUCAAUAUAAGCCUAAGCAAAAGGACUACCAGUUUAAUAAGUUACAUGAAGAUCAAGUACUAGCUCCUUUUGACAUGUAUGGAAAUAGUUCUCCAAAGAAAUUAAAACAAAUUCCUGCUUUCAUUAAAGACAAUAUUUCCCCAGUCAUAGAAAAUGAGUCAAAAAGUCUUUUGCAAUCCUUUUGCUCAGUGCAAGAAACCAAUGUUCAGCAUGAAAGUUCAAGAACAUGCAACAAUUCAAAUGUAGACAGAAAAUUAAACGACACCAUAGUAUCAAAAGGAAACGCAGAAAUUCCACUUAAAUACGUGCACCAGGUAACUGUUACUCCAGUCCAAAGAUGUAUUAUAAAUGAAGCAUCAGGGAUAUCCGGUAAGCAAAUUCCAGUUAAAGAAAGUCAUUACGAAAAGCAAAUUUGUGACGGUAAAACUAAGUUUAAUUUUUAUCCGAACAGCACAGUCACAGAAAAUGUACAUGUUUACCCUUCAGUCCAAGCAAAAUUUCAGCGUCCAACAGUUCUGCAAUCUGAGAAAACGAAAUUAGCAGCUCGAGUAGUUUUAGAUCCGGAGGGAAGAGUUAUAUAUAGCACAAAUUCACUUGAUCGCAAACAUACUGAUGUGAGGCCUGUGAAACACAUUAAGUUAAAGUCUUGUGAGCCAUUGUCAAGUGACAGUGAAGACGCGUACCAUAAGCACAAUUCCUUUCAUAUUCAGAAUCAUUUCCAUCAUGCAAAUGCAAUUCCAGAAUGUAUGGAAACCAAAUUCCAAAACUGUAAAAUGACAAACACAUUACAUAGUCCACCUACAGUGUCUAAUCUAAACUUUAGACAAGAUGCUGCUAGUAUGGGCCAGUUUUAUCCGGUUUGUAACUAUUUGCAUAAAAAUCAAAACCAUAUGCAAAUUUUACCUCCCAAUUCUGUAAAAGUCACGCAAAGGCACUGUGCAUCUGAUUCAUGUGAAUUAUUCAGGCCAAACUAUCAUCGCACUUUAGAACAAAAUCCUGAAACAAUACUAAGGAUAAAUUGUAAAGAAACAGCUAACAACAGUUUGCUAAACGAAAAAAUGAAUUCUUUGACUCCAGACCCAAAUGUUUCAGGGUUACCUGUAAAUGAAACCUUACUUACCCAGCGUAACGUACACUUGCAUUCAAAACAUAUGGAAAUGCUUAGUAGAAUACCACAAAAUUCUUGUUUUACAGAUUCACAGCAAAACUCGUUUUCACCGUUAUCACCAGAAAUGAAUUAUAAAGUUCUCGAAAAUCAAAAUACAAAAUCACCGCUAAGUACUAUGUCUACAGAAGAUUUAUUUACAGUUAUUCAUAACUGCAAGAAAAAAAUGAAUAUAAAAACAGACUCUGAUAUUUCUUUGGCUUCAUCAUCUCGUUCAAGUUCUCCGUCCUAUAUUCGUCCAGCUUCUUCAAAAGGCGGUUUAGCUGAAACUGGUUUUCUUUCACCUAGAAAUCUAUCAGCAAAUUGUGAUAAUAUGAGAGAAAGAAGAAGCUGGGCCGAUUUUAGGCCAACGAAUUCUUCUAGUGAUCGGAAAUCUUUAGCCUGUGAUAGAUUAGGACCUGCUAAACCUACAAGUAUGCAUGAUUUUAAAAUGUUAUUAUUACAAACUAGAAGUAAUAGUCAGGUACCUGGUCCUCGCAAAUCAGCUGUUGAAAUGCUUAAAAUUCCCGUAUCUUAUGAAAAUAGUCAAAGGAUGAAUUCAAUGCCUUUAAGCUUAUCACCAAGAAAUUCUAUAUCAUUUUCUGUUCAGAAUUCUCCAACUUCAGAAACAUGUUUCUACAGCGGCCAUUCAACAGUGCCAUUCAAAAGAGGUAAUCGUGCUCGAGCAUCUUUACAGUCAAGGUAUACAAUGUAUCCUCCGAUAUUUGAAGACUGUUUAGAAGAUUCGGAAAAUUGUCGGGAUUUAAUGCCGCCAUCCUCAAAUAAAGACCUAAUUCCAGCUGAAUCAGUGAAAGGAAGUAAUCAGUACAGAAAUAAUGCACAUAAUACCUUAGAGACUAGUACUGUAAACCAUGCGAGGCAAUGGGUGUGAUCUCAAAUAUAUUAGCUCUAAUAUAUGUGAAGGCUAACCUACAUCUUCAAUGCAGACUUUUUUUUUUUUUUUUUUUAAAUCGCAUUGAAGAUGGGUGAUAUAUAUCUAGUUGUCUUUCUGCUAAAAGUGAUUAUAAUUUACAAAAACAGUCAAUGUAAGCGUGUCAGAUAAAAAGAAAAACUAAUAAAGAAUAUUCAAUAUAA